AUGUCACUGGAAAUUCGAGUAGGCCAGCGGGUCAUGGUUAAAGACCAGCCUGGUACUGUUCGAUUCUUUGGUUUGACGCGAUUUGCUGAUGGUGAAUGGGUUGGUGUGGAGUUAGAUGCCCCAGCAGGUAGAAAUGAUGGAUCAGUCAAUGAUGUGAGGUACUUCACAUGCUCGAAAGAAGGUCAAUGUGGUGUCUUCGUGAGACCUGCUUUGGCGAAGACAUCUGAUGGUUCAAAUCCCGGUGGUAUGAGAAAUGUGGAGGCACUAAUAGAUCGUUUACAACAGAAGUUGAAGAGGACUCUCACCGAGCUUGAGACUCAAAGAGGGACAGUUGAACAAUUGGAAACCUCAAUUGCUUCAAAAGAUGCAAAAAUUGAAAAUUUAGAGUCAACAGUGGAGUCAGCGGCCGUGGAUUUGGAAUACAUCAAUGCGCAGAAAGAGUCUCUUGAGAACUCUUUGAAAGAGGUCCAGAGCUCUUAUUCGAAGCUCAAAGAAGAGUAUGAAUUUGUUUCCGAGGAAUUGAACUUAACUCGGCAAUUGGAGGAAGAGGCUUUGGCGCAGGCGCCUUCAGACCUAGAUACUAACGAAGUGGCCAGGCUCAUAAGUCAAAACAAACGACUCGGUGAAGAGCUUGCGAGCCUCAAGCUCACGUCUUCGAAGGAUGUUGUAGAUUUGGAUGAAAGGGGGAGGGCUCUCAAUAUACUUGAAAGUGAGUUUGCUUCCUUGAAGUCCUCAUACACAUCAACAAAAGAAGCACUUCGGCAAUCAGAAGAGACGAUCAAAACGUUACAACUGCAAUUAGAGUCAAUCUCGUCUCUGGAAGAUCUCAUUGAGCAUUUAACUACUCAGAACGAUAUGUUAUCUGAGAAAGUCAAUGAACUCACAACCACUAUUCAAGAAAUCAAUGAGUUACAUGAAAUUGAUGUUGCUUUGUUAUCGGCUAGCAAGGAGUCUGAAUCCAAGCUACAAAGUGAAGUUUCUGGUUUAACUAAAUCAAUGGAAACGUUGCAAAAAACGAUUGAUGGUUUAGCUGAAAACAACGAAAAUCUAAAGAGGAAGCUAAACAAAUAUGUAAGUCGGGAGCAUCAUUCUGAGGAACUCCAGACGUUUACAAAAGACUCUUCGUAUUUCAAAGAGAAUGAUCUCAAAGAGAAUGAUCACAUCAAGACGCUCCUAGCAUAUGCGAAGUCCUCUAGGGGUAAAAUUGUCGGUGAAAUAAUCCCUGCUUCCCUACGACAACAGGUUCAACUCCUUCUUGAAGUGAUGGAUACUUCUGCAGAAACUCAAGCCCUACUUGAUUUCAUGGAUGGCGCUUCAUUUGGGGUUCAGAAGAUUAUAUUGGGUCUCAACAGGGCUAAAGGACAUUUACUGUAUGUUGAAAUCAUUUUAAGAUACAACGUUUUGGAUGAUGAAGAACUCAGUCAAUUGAAAGCAUAUGUCGCCAAUGCAAGAGAAGAAGUUGAAUAUAUCAAGUCAAAGUAUACUGAGUCCGAUACAGAAUGCAUCGACAGUUCCAACGUCCUCAGCAGUUUGAGCAACAUUCGAAUUUUUGACGGACAAUCGAUGAAUACCUUUGCGUCCCAAUACCGAGCUUCGAUCUUCGUUCAAUCGGAGGCAAAUUUCACCUUGCAACUCAUACGAUUUCUUGAGACUGUCUCGACCGGUAAAAGAAUCGAGCAUCUUGCGAAGGUCUAUAAAAGUGUGAAAUCAAUACUGGAAACUGUCGAUCUUCUUCUCCUAAACUUCACCAACAAUGAACACAAGGAGCUCGACAAGCCUGUUUUCGUCUACAGCGAGCACUUCUUUAUGGUCAAUUCUUCACUUUGGCCAGUCUGCUUGCAAGUGAUGGAGAUCAGAGACGGUGCUAUGAUUGAUCAGAACGAGCAAAUUACAAAAACCUUGAAUGAAUUUCUCCAAAAGUAUGAUUCGAUAAUUUUGGAGGCAGAAGCUAAACUCAAACAGCUCGAAGCCCAAUUGCACGGGAAAUCAGUCUCAUUUUUGCCCGAGAAGCAGGAGGAUAUUUUCUGUAAGACCAGCGCUGCCAAAUUCGAGGGACUGAGUGAGCGAGGCUCGCCUAUUGCGGACUCCAGAAUGAAUAAAGUUAAGGAAUUGGAGCUCAACAUUUCCAUUCUUGAACAGAACUUGUCUGUCACGGGUGAAAAGUUGGCAGCUGCGCUGAAGGACAGUUCAAGAACUAUUGCAGGUUUGAAGGACGCAUAUAAGGAGCUUGAAGUGAGAUACAACAACUUAAUCGAAGAGAAUCAUAUGUUAGAGAAGCAAGCUCGCGAGUACCUCGAUUUGGAGGUACACAAUAUCGUUGGUCAGCAAACUAAAUACUACAAGGAUCUCGCUGCUCAAAAGAAAUACACUGAGGAAUCGAUGCUUUUUGAGGAGAUUUCGUUGUUGAGGAGAAUGAUCAGAGAAGGCCCUUCUCCUAUGUCUAUAAAUGAAGCAACCGCGUGUCCCACGUUAUAUUGA